UCCAUAUGAUUGUUGUCGGAGUCAACCUAAUCUCCAUCUUCAACUAGGUUACAAUUUGUUAUUAGGGUUAUUAUGGCUUCCCAGAUUCUAGUUUGCCUCCUCUUUGUUGCAGCCAUGAGUGUUGCUGUACACUGCAAUUCUGAAGGUGAUGCUCUUAAUGCCUGGAGAGCCCAACUGAUGGAUCCGAACAACGUUCUUCAUAGCUGGGAUCCCACACUUGUUAACCCAUGCACCUGGUUUCACGUUGCCUGCAACUCUGAAAACUCCGUCAUUAGAGUGCACCUCGGUAAUGCAAAUUUAUCAGGGCCUCUUGUUCCUGAACUUGGACAACUUGCGAAUCUUCAAUAUUUGGAGGUAUCUGAUAAUAAUCUCAGCGGCAGCAUUCCAACCGAGAUUGGUAACUUAACGAGCCUUGUGAGCUUAAAUUUGCAGCAUAAUCAACUUACCGGCCCUAUUCCUUCAUCUCUUGGAAACCUAGUUUCUUUGUCAUUCUUGAAGUUGAAUGGCAAUAAACUCAGUGGCGUAAUUCCACCAUAUUUGUUCCUACUCAUUCAAAGAGGCAACUUGAUCGUUAUGAAUGUAUCAGACAAUAUGUUUGCAGGAACCGUUCACCGAACAAAUCUUACCGUAACAACAAUAAUCCAAGAUCCCAGAGCCUCGUAGAGUUUCAAGUAAUACAAACUUAUGAUAUGAACCUUCUUCAUGUUGCUGUUUUUUUUAUCUUAUAUGAUUCAAUUGUACUUUUCCCUUAUAAAUAAAUGGAACAAUUGCAG